AUGAUUUCCAAGGAUAUGGAUGCUGAUAUUGAUGUGACAUCGAUGACCGAUGAUGGUAUCCUGAAUCCAUACAAAGUUUCAUUAAAUAGUGACAAGAAUGUCGAUAAGGAGGUUUAUUUAAGUAAACUUACGGAAAGUAAACUCGCACAAGCGUUGGAAGAACAUAUAUUUAACAGAGAAAGUGUUGAGCCAGAACAAAAUGAAAGUUUCGAAAGCAGCGACGGUAAUUCAUAUGGCACAAGACAGUCGAGAAAGAAUCCAUCACUGUGGCAAAGACCAGAUGUUCGACGUAUCGUGGAGGAUUUCAUCAACAAAGAUAUAACUUCAAGAGGUGCAGCCAACAAAAUUUCUGAUAUUUUAGGUCGCAAUGUUUCUCAUUCUACUGUAUUAACAUAUGCUAAUAGGUUAUUGCGGGGAAUAAUAAAACGUGAAGUGGAGGAAGAACCAGCAUAUCAAGUUCAGGUUGAACCCGAUGAUUCACCAGCGCCGGUUGAUGAAGUCGGAUAUGACGUGCAUUUUGAGCUUGUGAAAACGAGUCGUGGUAACGAUAACGGUUUAGCAAUUUAUGAAGACAAUGGUUUUGUUCGUGUUUAUCGCCGCACUAGUACAACGGGUCGAAGCGCAUCGUAUCGCUGCUCCACAUGUGAUCAUUUAUAUGAAAAACUUGGCCAGGGUGAACGGCCAACAAUUAAAAUGCGUGAUAGCAUCAUCGUAACGGAUCCGUUUCCGACACAUAAUCAGUUGUGUACACCUACACCGGUGGAUGUAUUCCGCAGAACGCAGGAGGAUCUAGAAGCACGGCAACUCAAUAUGUGUAGGCGUGUAUUAACCAAUUCGCGUUUCAAGGAAAUGAGGUGGGCAAGAUCUUUCGAUACCGUUGGAUAUGUGGUAAAACCACCAAAUGAAGAAGAAGCAAUCAAUAAAUGCAUUGAAAGUUUGUUGACAAGAUGUCGUGGCUCAACAGAUAUGGAGGAGGAGGACAAGGAAGCUGUACUGAGAGACUUAAUUGAAGGCUACAAGCGUGGAGAAGUUUCAAGUUUGACGGAACUUGCAAAACUGAUCAAAGAAAAUCUAGAUAUUGAUGUAUCUAGCCCUACUCUUUGUCGAUAUCUUAAAAAACAGACCGAUGAUAAGGCUGACUCACCGACUGAACCAGAUGAAGCCGACACCGUUCUGAUAGCUCGACCAGGACUUUCGAAGUACUUGAAUGAAACACUCAUUACUGUACCAGAAAAUGAAGGCUUUCGGCAGUAUUCGUAUAUGAAAACUUCAUCAGAUAAUGUUCGGUCGUAUUACAGAUGCCUUGGGUGUUCUCGUGCGAAGCGCCUUUAUGGACCAGACCGGCAAGCAUAUGUAAAAGUAGAAUAUGGUGAGAUAAUCGAUAGGCCACUUCACCAUCGAAGAUGUGAACCGCUGUCAGAAGAAAGUGUUUUAGUCCAAAAUCUGGAUCGUGAGUGUCGUAGAAGUAUCAGGAAAGGUGAAAAAAAUCCACGGGAAGCUCAUGCGGAAGGGCUAGAUAAAAUGGCUGAAAUAGAAGCAUCAUUUUCUGGAGAUGAAAACAUACAUGGUACGUUGCAAAAGCUUUUCCCUUCAUGGGAAAGAGUUAAAGCGGCAUAUUUCCGUCAAAGAGAUUUGCUAAAGAAGGCAGCAAUAGCAGCGGAACUAGGCGAAGGAACGUACCAAAGCAGUGUUCAUGGUAGCGAAAUUGGUCGCUAUGAAGAAAUUGAAGGAAAUGAAAGUUUCUUAGCACCUCCCGGCGCAGCAGUCGAGCUCACACCUGAGAUGAAUGCACUGAAAAAUCAAUUAUUAUUUGAUGUACAGCAAGCCAUUCGAAGAGAGGUCACACGAGCAGUUACUCGUACCACUACCCUGAUGGAGCAACGGUUUGAUGCGAAAAUUAUGCAAAUUUUCGAUGACAUAUUUCGGACGCAAAAUGAAGACGAAGUUUUGGAAGCAGGGGUAAUCGAUGAAUAUGCACUCCAGGAAUUCCCGUCAACUUCAUCCACUUUGUCGUAUUCUUCACAGAAACGGCGUCGUUUAGAGAGCAUUGGAGGGAAUGAAAGAAUUAACGAUACACCCUUUUCAAUUCCUGCCUGUUAUUUGAAGCGAAAUAGAUUGGUCAUCCGAGAAGUUGAGAGAAAAAAAAGUUCUAUCUAA